AUGGCCGCCUCCACUUGCAAUGUUCAGCGUUGGCUGGAUGCAACAGCCUCAACUGAACAUGACUUAGAUUUCCUUGGUCAUCAGUACCACGGAUACAAACAUGCCCUUAUGACUUGCCUUUCCGGUACAUCGAUGAAUGAUAUGACAAUCUACGAGAGUCUGCACUCGCGGCUAGAUAACUCGAAUUUCAUGAAGUUGGUCGACGCCUGCUCUCCUGUAAAGGAGCUCCUACAGAACCCAGAGUUUUGUUCCACGGUUUGGGUACCAAGGAAUGACCCAACAGAGCCUUUCUGGGGCGAUAUUCCAAAGAAGGAUCUUCAGGAGUUCCUUCAUAGACACAUUUCGCCCGGAUUUUCACCCAUCUACUUUCUACUCACGGCUCCGACCGAUGACACGUUACUGUGGUCACCAGAGCUGAAUGGAGUGCAGAGAGUGACUCUCCGUCCUUCCCUGGAGGGAAUGCGUAUCAACAACUAUUCAAAAAUCGUUGAAUCUGACUAUCACGUCAAGAAUGGUUUAAUUCACUUCAUUGAUCAGCCAAUUCCUCCUGCACCAUCGAUUAAGGAGCUGAUCAUGGCAUUACCAUCACAAGAAUUUGGAUUUUUCCAAAAGGCGUUUCAACUAUCAGAUCUUUAUCUUGGAAAGAUAGGUUACCCUGAAAUCCGUGGUGGCUUUACGGUAUUCAUUCCAACGAAUGCCGCCUUUGAUAAACUUUCGGAAGCUGAACGAACCCUCAUAUUCAGCGAUGAAGGAGACCCAUACCUUAAGAGAUUGAUAGAAUAUCAUGUCGGAAAUUGGCAAACACUUUAUUCAAAUCGCUGCUACGACGCGGAUACUCCACCUGAGCAAUUCGCUCAUGAGCCUAGUCCAACACCAGAUCAUACCGUACCUACACCGGAGACCCAAGAUGACCCAAUUUGGCGAGUGCUCAAAGGCAAGCGGCGGUUUGUCCUUUCUACAUCCAUUGAAGACCAUGAUUUAUCUGUUGACAUUACGCGGGUUGGGGGCUUGAUAUCAAUGAGUGUCAACGGGAUAGCAAAUGUCACAGUGCAAAAUGGGCUGGCUAGUGAUGGAGUUUGUCAUAUUAUCGACUCUGUUCUAUGUCCAAGUAUUCAAAAGCCCGAACAGACGCGCGAGAGAGAUACGAGCCUUGAUAUGCGUGACGUUCUAAGAAUGCUUAUGCCUGCUACUGAUUCUAUAGAACUUACCCUCUAG